UAUUCAUUUUGCGCGUCGCUUUCUGAUUACGUCAUUGUCUUGUGGAAGCGGUAGUGUUGACUCUGCACAUGCGGUGUUGUUUGUUUGAGCUACAGUGUAAAGGUUUAGCUUUGCUGGCCACCUGGGCGGUUUUUCACGUUAAUUCCACGUCAUGUCAUCUCUUCUGAAGGUCGAUCGCGAGAUGAAAACCAAGGUGGAAGCAUUCAGGGACCAGAUCAGCAGUGAGGCCGAGCACCUGGUCGCCAGCUUUUUCCCUCGAAAGCUUCUGGAGUUGGAUAACUUUCUAAAGGAGCCGAUUCUCAACGUGAUUGACCUGAAAGAAAUCCAUUCAGAGAUCAAGUUCAAAGUCCCAGACCCAAUUCUCUUCAAUAACAGCCAUGAUGGUGUGGACAUGAAUACCAAAAAGAGGAAACUGGAAGAUGGAGUCACUGUUGAGAGCUGGCAAGGGGGAACCAAAACGUUGGUGAUGCCAGAGGGGAUGCUGAAAAGUAACACCAAGCUGGUAGACCUGAUUGAGCGUGUCAAACCAGAGAUCAGGACUCUGGUUGAGAAGUGUAACACAGUUAAGAUGUGGGUCCAGCUGCUCAUCCCCAGAAUAGAAGAUGGAAACAACUUUGGAGUCUCCAUACAGGAAGAGACUGUGGCAGAGCUGAGGACGGUGGAGUCAGAGGCCGCAUCUUUCCUGGACCAGAUCUCCAGAUACUACAUGACAAGAGCCAAGCUUGUCUCCAAAAUUGUCAAGUACCCCCACGUGGAGGACUACAGGAGGACCAUAUCAGAGAUUGAUGAGAAGGAGUACAUCAGUUUGAAAAUCAUUGUUUCAGAACUCAGGAAUCAAUAUGUGAUUCUCCAUGAUAUGAUCCUGAAGAACAUUGAGAAGAUCAAGAAACCAAGAAACUGCAACUCUGAAGCUCUUUACUGACAGCCUCCCACCUAAAACACACACACACACAAACACAAAAUAUGAGCUCAGUCAGGCAUCACUGACCAAUAAUUCUAGCUCGUGUUUUGGGAGUACUUGACGGUUUUUGGCUUUGACAACCUCAGGACAAUUAUGGCGUAUCGAUUGAGAUGCUGCCUGUGGACUGAUAGUGUGCUGAUAUUCAGUCUUAAAAAGUGCUGCUUUCUAUUCAAUAUUUAAAUCCCCAGCUGUUUGGGUCCAUAGUGAGCUAGAGGAAGCUUUAAAAUUCAUUUCAAAAAAAAUUUGACCCAACAUCAUACACAGACAUUACAUCUGUUGUGGGAUCCUCCUCCAUCUUUGAUUUAGGCCCCAUUCUGCAGUCACCGCCAUGCUUUCUAGCACGUAACGUUCGGUUUUGGCCAUCCACUAACCUGGAAUGUGACAUUGGAUUCUUUUUUCUCCCCCCAAAAUAUUUCGACUGCACGCUGCUAAUACAAAGACCGCCCACAUGGUCUGCCUCCCAUCUGUUCCUCUGGGACUACAGCUCGGAGGUUACCGCUGGUUUCUCUGCCUGUCUGGGUUAUCUGCUCUAAUGGACGCUGUGUCUCUCCCUGGAAUAAAGUAAUCUGGUUUUUAUUAGUUUUCUUUUUUCCAUGUUGCCUGACCCACCUAGAGAAAGUUUUCCUUUUAGUUUUUGCCCUGUCUCUGGAACAUUCUGGACACAACACUGUCCCGAGAAAAAUGUCAUUUAAAACUCCACACAGUCCUCUUCCGGUUGACUUGAAACUGUCAAGGGAAAAUGCAGACUCUUUUUUUUCUCAGUGCUUCAGGAAACAGCUGCGGUUCUUCAGCUUUAGUGUUGCAAUUAUCCUUAGAUCCAGAGAUUUGACUGCACAUAACUCCCUUUUCAUGGAGGAUUCUCGCUCUUCACAUUAAGAAUAUUCUUUAUUUCUCCCUCUGCCUACAAACUGCUUUUUCUGUCUUAAGUUGUUCUUGUUGUAUCUUUGUGACAUAGUGACACUAGAAGAUGUUAUUGCAUCCCAAGAAAAAAAAAUGGUUGCCUGCCUUCCGCAGGCAUAGUGCAGAACAUGUGGCGACAUCUAUUAACUCUGUAGCACACUGCUGUCAGUAAGGACCUGUCAUAAAGGGUUGGAUUCAAAAGU